UCGGCUUUCCAUUCGUCGCCUUUUUACGACAGUUUGCGUUUCGUCAACUGGUGCGGUGUGGGCUGUGCUGCCGGUGUGAGUUUUGCGUGCUGUGUAUCUCUCUGUGUGCCAAGGAUUAAAAUGACGAAAGGCGAAGAAAAUGUUCCUCUCGGGCCCGAUGGCCAACCACUGUCGAAGAAGGCGCUGAAGAAGCAAGCCAAAGAGCAAGAAAAGGCUGCCAAAAAGUCGGCGAAGCAGGCGACAGAAAACGCAAACAAGCAGGCCGGAGACGCCGAAGAUGACUACUCAGAGGGUCGUUACGGCAAGCUGCCAAUGCUUCAGUCCACUGAGAAGACAACACGGCAGCUGUCACGAGUUAAAGACCUGGCGCCUCCUUUGUCGGGGCAGCACGUGUGGGUACGAGGGAGGCUCCAUACGAGCAGAUCUAAAGGCAAGCAGUGCUUUUUCGUGCUGCGGCAACAACAGUACACCGUCCAAUGCCUCGUGGCUGUAUCAGAAAAAGUGAGCAAAGCCAUGGUCAAGUUCUGUGCUGUAGUCAACAAAGAGUCAAUUGUGGAUGUACACGGACGUGUACAAACAUCCCCGCAGAAGGUUGAAGGCUGCACACAACAGGAAGUUGAGCUCCAUAUUGAAGAGUUUUUCGUCGUCAGUUCUGCUGAACCACGCCUACCACUACAGGUAGAGGAUGCCGCAAGGCCUGACACUGAGGAGGACCCUGAAGGCCUAAACAUCAGAGUGAACCAGGACACACGAUUGGACAAUCGUGUCCUUGACUUGAGAACCCCGGCCAACCAGGCAAUAUACAGGCUUCAGGCGGGAGUCUGUGCCCUGUUCAGAGAGUCCCUGGCCAGCCGCGGCUUUGUGGAGAUACACACCCCGAAGAUUAUCUCAGCUGCCAGUGAAGGAGGUGCCAAUGUCUUUGAAGUGUCAUACUUCAAGGGGAGUGCUUACCUGGCACAGUCUCCACAGCUGUACAAGCAAAUGGCUAUUGCAGCUGAUUUUGACAAGGUCUACACCGUUGGAGCAGUGUUUAGAGCGGAAGAUUCUAACACCCACCGCCAUCUCUGCGAGUUUGUGGGCUUGGAUUUGGAGAUGGCCUUCAACUAUCACUACCACGAAGUGCUGGACGUCAUAGGGCAAAUGUUUGUCGACAUCUUCAAGGGUCUUCGCGAUAGGUUUGCCGACGAGAUUGCAGCCGUUAACCGGCAGUUUCCAGCUCCUCCAUUCAAGUUUCUGGAACCUAGCCUGAGGCUGGAAUUUCCUGAGGCUGUUGCUAUGCUUCGUGAAGCUGGAGUUGAAAUGGACGAUGAAGACGACUUGAGCACUCCGAAUGAGAAGCUUCUGGGACGGCUGGUCAAGGCAAAGUACGACACUGAUUUCUACAUCCUGGACAAGUACCCGCUCAAAGUGAGGCCUUUCUACACCAUGCCUGACCCUCACGACUCGAAAGUGUCGAACUCCUACGACAUGUUCAUGCGUGGUGAAGAGAUUCUGUCUGGAGCCCAGCGAAUUCACGAUCCAGAUUUUCUAACAGAAAGAGCCAAAGAACAUGGAGUCGAUAUCGGCAAGAUCAAGGCCUACAUAGACUCCUUCCGGUAUGGCGCACCUCCACAUGCAGGUGGUGGAAUAGGCCUUGAACGAGUUACGAUGCUGUACUUGGGCCUGGACAAUAUCAGGAAAACGUCAAUGUUCCCACGUGACCCCAAGAGGCUGACUCCGUAAAGGCGUUGCUCAAGAGGGCCUCUAUUAAAGCCCACCUCGCAGUUUUAAGUUA